AUGUCCCAGAAAACAAAUAUCGUUUAUGGCCGAGGCCGAACGAUCCCUACGUUCGCGGCGUCCUCUGCGGUUUCGUCAUCUCUUUGGUGCUCGGUCUCCCCUGCGCGAUUUCCCUGCAUUGCCGUAGUACUCUGCAGCAGCGAAACACAACCAACAACGCCGUUCAAGAGCGAGCACUUGGCGACACUGCCCAUCGGAACUAACGUCCAUGCGCACCAGCUCUACUCGCCGCGCCAAGGGCACCCCAGUCACAUCCAACCUGCAACCAAGUCAUGGUCUCCAUUGGCGACGUCAUCUCCAUCGCGGAGAAACUUUCCGCCUACUGCCGUGACGUGAAGGACCGCUUCGACAAGGCCUGCAAUAACCCACAGCUUGUCAGGGGUCUCUCCUGCCGUUUUGACGGCGUCAAGGCCCGCGUCGAACGCGUGCACACUAUCUGGAAGGAAAACAAAAUGAAAUUUUCCGAAAACGUCCUCGACGACUUUGACCACCAACUUCAAUCAAUUUCCGAAAACAUGCACGAGGUGUACACCGACAUGAAAAGCAUAUCUGCAAGGCUCGAAACUCCUCGAUAUCGCUUUGUGCGCGCGAAAACCGUCAGCGAGUGGAUCACUAAGCAGUUCGACGUCGCUGCAAAGCUUGACAACGAACUGCUUGCGCUCAUCAAAUUUUUCGCCAGCGCUGAAGGACAGGCAAAUCAAACGGCCGCUAUACGGGAACUCGCUUUACCAAUUGACAAGCGCCCCCCAACCAACCCGCCUCACGUCGUUCUCAAGCUCAGCUCUACGCCCGACUCGCAGGGAACCCAUGCCGCACCCACAUCCGUGGCUACUAACCAAACUAACCAAAUAUUGCUGGAGAUCAGCCCGCAAGAGAGGGGACCAGAUAGAAACCCUAUCCAUGCAGCAGCCACAACCGUGGCUACUAACAUUGAGAAGCGCCACGAGUCUCAUCCCUACGUUAAUGUUCCAACUAACCCGCCUCACGUCGUUCUCGAGUCCAGCUCCACGCCCGACGCGCAGGGAACCCAUACCGCACCCACAUCUGUGGCUACUAACCAAACUAACCAAAUAUUGCUGGAGAUCAGCCCGCAAGAGAGGGGACCAGAUAGAAACCCUAUCCAUGCAGCAGCCACAACCGUGGCUACUAACCAAACAUUGCUGGAAAUCGGACAAGAGAGGGGACCAGAUAGAAACCCUAUCAAUGUGUCCAUCACAGGCCCGGCCUGGGUUGUUCUCGCAGCGCCGGCGCGCGAGCGCGGUGGCCGUCUGCGCAAGGCCGUCAUCGGCACCGUGCUCAAGAUGCAAGUUGUUGCCCACGCUUUCCGCGCCCCCCCCAUCCUGCUUCCCCGCAUUGCCUUCUGGAGACGCCCUGGCGCGGCUGCUUACCUAUCCCCCGCCCCGCGCCGGCCUUGGUUUCAACGCCGCCAUGCCAUUCAUAUCGAAAAUUGAUCACCGGCUUCUUUCAUCAAACAUCGUUGUCUCGCACCGGCAUGGCAGGUCUUCGAAACGGCGUUACUCCGCGUCGCCGGACCCUGCUGACAGUUGAAGGCCGUUGACAGAGUCGCGAUCAGGAGAAUAGGUCCUGCGCGGUCAUCCGCUCCGAGACGUUCUGGCCCUGGCCCCGUCUCAUUUUUGCCCCUGGUGUUGCGUCUAUGACCCAGCUCGCCUGGUAUGCCGUGUUGUAGCGCAUUUUUAUUCGUUUAAAUAUCAUUGGUGCGCCACUGCCAACAGUGGACGAAGCAUGAUGGAAUCGCUACGGGAAAUACCUGUCACUGUAAGUCCAGUUCUGCUUGUGACCACGUCACUACAAAGGCGUUAAAUUCUGGAACAAUAAUAUUCAGUCUUCCAGAGAUUCAAUUUUUGCGAAUUGAUAACUAUAUAUAAAACAGCAAUGCAA